AGGACGGUGGCACCGAGGAGCGACCGCUGGAGGGCGGCGCCGCCGCCGCCUGCUGCCUCUCGGACGCAGACGCGCUCCGCCUGGCGCGGCUCGGGCUUCAGCUGGAGAAGGCGUUCGGAGGCGCGCGCGACGUCGAGUGGGCCGUGGCCGAGGACACCCUGUACCUGCUGCAGUCCCGACCCGUGACGUCAUUCACUGGCUGGACCGAGUUCGAGCUGACGCACGAGUGUGACUCAGCACUGCUCACCGAUGAGGAAUGUCUCACCACUGCCAACACCGGGGAGGUUCUACCGCGCGCCGUCACUCCGCUCACCAGCAGCACAAUGUGCUACGGUUUGUCGGUGGAGAUGCAGAACUUGCGCAAGUACCUGACGAGCUCCGGCCUGCCGUGUCCGCCCUACGCCCGGCAGUACUGCGUCCUGUCACAUCACCGCUUCGGGAUGGACGUGACGAAGACGUUCCUGUCGACGCUGCAGUCCUGGGAGGAGCAUGACGCGGAGCGCACCAUUCAGCUGACCAUUCUCGGCCACCUGGAGGACUGGACCCGGCCGCGGAGAACGGCCGUCCACCGCUACGGCGUGCUUAGCUGGCACGCCAGGAUGCACCAGAUGAUCUCCAUGGCGGGGUUGACCUGGCACAUCGCCGAGGACGUGCGCCGCGGCCAGCGCGACUUCGGCCGUCUGCGCCUGCGCACUGAUGGUCUGACCACGGCGCAGCAGGCGCUGCGCCACGUCUGCCACGAGCUGCGCCACAUGCAGCGCGUGAUACAAUGCCACCUGCUCAGUUCGACGUGGAGCCAGGCACCGCAGAUGGCGCUGCUGCUGCUGCUGGCCGAGGACGGCGCGCGUCCUUUCGACCAGGAGGUCUUCUCAGUGUUUGCCAUGCUGCUCUCCUCCUGCAGUGGGGCUGUGUCUGCUGACGUUCCCAGCGCUCUGGAGCGCCUGGCCCGCCUGAUCGCGUCCUCGAAGGACGCCGCAGCGUUCCUCUCGGCCUCGCAGGAGGACGGCCUGCACUGGCUGCGGCACCGUCACACCACCGUGGCCGCCUUCUUCGAGGACUUUCUCGCCACACACGGACACAGGGCCCUCAACGAGCUGGAGCUACACACCACACCGUGGGCGCUGGACCCAGGCGCGCUGGUCGCCACACUGCAGACCAUGGUGCGGAAUCCGGACUCCCUGCGGAACACCAAGCAGGAGACGGACGUGCCACAGGCGCUGUCCCAGCUGACGGUUCCCCUCUCCGGCAUGACCAGGCGGCUGGUGUCCUUCGUGCUGCCUUACGCUCGUCGCGGCGUGGUCCAGCGCGAGCAGACCAAGUCGCUGCUGGUCCGGAUGCUCCACCAGUUCAGGCUGGCCUUCAGACGCCUGGCGGAGCUGAUGGUGCGGGAGAGCCGCCUGCCCGACUCCGACCUUGUCUUCUUCCUCACCCUCUACGAGAUUCAGCGCCUGCUCGACACACGCUCACCGGCCAUCGUUACCAAGGCGCUGCGCCGUCGCCGUCUGUUCCCGAAGCUGGACCGCAUGCGCUUCCCCGAGAUGAUCUACGGCGUGCCGCGCCCCCUGGCGGCACAGAGCUCGAGCCAGGGCACCGCCGGCCACCUGGCGGUGACCGGCACGCCCGUCUGCCAGGGCCGCGUGCAGGGCACGGCCCGCGUGGUGCGCGAUCUCGCCCAGGCCAUCGAGAUUCAGAACGACGACAUUCUGAUCACGCACGCCACGGACAUCGGCUGGAGCCCGUACUUCCCGGUGCUGAGCGGCGUGGUAACCGAGCUGGGCGGUCUGAUCUCACACGGCGCGGUGGUGGCGCGCGAGUACGGUCUGCCCUGCGUGGUGGGAGCCACCGGAGCCACCGACCUGAUUCAGUCCGGCGACAUCGUCAUCCUGGAUGGGACACUGGGCACGAUCACGCGCCUCCAGCCGUCCAGUGACGCACCAGAGUCCGUCGCAGAGGUCCCAGAUUCCGCCACAGAGUCCAGUGACCCAUCAGAGUCCGCCGCAUGGGCUCUGUAGGGUGGCGUCCCGGGCCGUGAUCGGCUCAGUAGGAUGGCCCCCCCCCCGGCCGUGAUCGGCUCAGUAGGAUGGCGUCCCCGGCCGUGAUCGGCUCAGUAGGAUGGCGUCCCCGGCCGUGAUCGGCUCAGUAGGAUGGCGUCCCCGGCCGUGAUCGGCUCAGUAGGAUGGCGUCCCCGGCCGUGAUCGGCUCAGUAGGAUGGCGCCCCCGGCCGUGAUCGGCUCAGUAGGAUGCCCCCCCCCCCGGCCGUGAUCGGCUCAGUAGGAUGGCCCCCCCCCCCCCGGCCGUGAUCGGCUCAGUAGGAUGGCGUCUCCGGCCGUGACCUGGCGGGCGCACCGUCGGAUGGUGCUGCGCUGUCGGCCGGCGCAUGGGGCGGGGAUCAGGGGCGACCCUGGCUCCCGUGCACAGACGUUGGUUUGAUCCCACGUCAAGAUCACAAUGAGGCUCUAGCGCUACUGAUUUCACUGUUGAUUUCGCUCCAGAUCAUGCAACAAAUGAGGGCAUGGAUCGGGCUAUCCGCAUCGGCACAGGAAAACCUGAUGAUUAUUGCGAUGCCUUCAAUGCAACAUACUUAUGAUCAUCAUACACGGUGCUGAACAGUGACUGGAAUGCUGGUGAUGUCUGCGAUGAAAACAUAGAACACAACAUACAAGUUUAACCACUCUUCAGCAUCGGUUCACAGCGCAACGAGAUAUUGUUCAGAACAAUACAUUUAUUCCGCGUG